AUGUCGAACACAGAAGACUCCGACCUCUCCGACGCCCACACGAGUCUCAUGUCCGGCGACUUCCACUUCAACACGCCUCCCAGACCAAGAAUCGAGCACUAUGACGCCUGGCAAUGUAACGCUUGCCUCCUACUUCAGCUAUGCAAGAAAAAGAACACGACUGAAGUUCCUUUCCACUGCCCGACUUGUGGUUCCACCGAUCUUAAGCUCUGUGUCAUGCAGCUCAGCGAUCAAGGCUGCGGCCCCCAUCCCCAGGCUUCUAGUCAGCGUUUGACUUCUACCGCUGCCGAGAAUGAGCUGAAGAGUGGUGAUGAGACUUCUUGGGUCGAAGAUGCUGAUGGGGGCUUUGUGACGAGGGAUUCGUUGAGUGAUCACAGCGGUAGCACGGUGGGCCAGAGUAGACAUGACUCGACAAGAGUGUCACCCGUCAGCCCUGUUGCCACGAGCGGACUAAACAAUCAUCUCCAGAAGAGCCCUCCUUGGAUCACCAUUCCAAAGUCACCUCCGAAGUACCAGGAUCAUCAGGCACAAUUUUUGCUUUUCGAAAAGAGGCAGACAUUGCUCAAGACGUUGACAGCCUUCCCGCCUUCUGGUGGAGAGCUAUCGAUGAAGGAACAGCUUCGGGUACUGGACAUCACCCAGCCAUUGCCACUGAGUAUCACCUCAGGCGGCCGAUAUGAUCUACUCAUGUCGGAUGACGUGAGAAUUGGAACUGGAUCUGGUUCUUCGACUUCAGCCAUUACUCCGACGCUGGAACUACCCUUACGGCCCAGGACUACCUGUACGCCCAGCUCAUUGGCUGGCAGAUCCGAUGCUGAGCCUGAGCACUACGAUGGGAAAGGCAAAGUAUCAGCGCGCGAUACCACCAGACCGAGUCUCAAGCUCCGCUUGCACAAGUCAGCAUCCAAGAUGCAACGCAUUAGAGCUUUGUCGGCCAAAGUCGGAGCAAUGCGGGCCAGCGGUGGCUCUCCACCGGAGGCCAAUGAAGACAUUGUAUCCACAUCGUCGCAGAGGCAGACAGUCUCCCAGAAGCGGAUGGCAUCCACUCAAGUCAGUCCCUCAAUCAUCAAACGCCUCGAGACUGAAGCAGCACGCACGACACUGCUUCAACAGCAUCUGGACACUGCGAUACGGCAGCAAGAGCGUCUUUUCGAAAAGAUGGAGCGGCUGCUCAUCCUAUUCGCUCAUGUCAAGGCCUCUGGACAGUCUGAAGACAUCGAUGCCGAUCGGUCAAGCAGGGGAAGGCGUCCUGAUCGAACCUCUCCGCCUUCACGUGCCGGUGGUGAGUGGAACUUUACGGUCUCCGCUGAUGUGUUGCGCUCGAACCUCGAAAUCAUGGCAAGCGGUAAGAGGAAGAGUGCGUCUAAAGGUAAGGUGCUGCCGGAGCAUAUCAGGUUUGACGCUAUCAAGGAUGGAAAGUGGUAUGUCAUGUCUUAUGGCAAUUGA